CCAGACUGAAGCCAUUUUAUUAUUUGAACGGGAAAGGUGCAGGUUCACCAGAAUUGUUACCACAAAUAAUAAUAACAAAACAGGUUUUGUUUGAAUUGCUCGCGAUACAAUGGGUCAGUGCGGGAUUACGUCGUCCAAAACCGUCCUGGUUUUUCUCAAUCUCAUAUUUUGGGCUGCUGCUGGAAUUUUGUGCUACAUUGGAGCCUAUGUGUUCAUCACAUAUGACGACUAUGACCACUUCUUUGAGGAUGUGUACACUUUGAUUCCCGCCAUUGUAAUCAUAGGUGUAGGGACUCUUCUGUUCAUCAUCGGCCUGAUUGGCUGCUGUGCAACAAUACGUGAGAGCUCCUGUGGCUUGGCAACAUUUGCUGCGAUCCUCCUGCUGGUGUUUGUGACGGAGUGUGUGGUGGUUGUGCUCGGCUACAUUUACAGGGCAAAGGUAGAAGAUGAGGUGAAUCACUCCAUCCAGAAGGUUUACAAUGAGUACAGCGGCCCCAACACAGACGCUCCCAGUCGGGCUAUUGACUAUGUGCAGAGGCAGCUUCACUGUUGUGGUAUUCACAACUACUCUGACUGGAGGAACACACGCUGGUUUAAAGAGUCCAAGAACAACAGCGUCCCAGUGAGCUGUUGCCAGCCCAGCAUCAGCAACUGUACCGGCACUCUGACCCGACCAGCGGAUCUCUACCAAGAGGGCUGUGAAGCACUUGUGGUAAAGAAAUUGAAGGAGAUUAUGAUGUAUGUCAUCUGGGCAGCGUUAACUUUUGCAUCAAUACAGAUGCUGGGCAUGCUCUGCGCCUGUGUGGUGCUGUGCAGGAGGAGUCAUGAUCCAGCCUACGAGCUGCUGGUCACCACUAACAGCUACGCUUGAAGGACAUAGCCCAACUGGCACUGCUCUUAGUAAAAUUAAACAAAACAAAAACGUCAAAAAAAAACGUCCGGGAGCUUCACCAGACAUGUUCACACUAGAUUCAGCCAUACUUCAGCUCAAGCACACCUUGCACAGCUCAUGAUAAAGUAGCGAACACUGGCAAUGAGGGUUUUAGUUUGUGGUCUCAAAAAAAAAAAACGGUUAUUUAUUACAACGCCUUCUGAGUUGCAGUUUUAUUUUAGUCUUUUGAAUCCUGCCCUGUACAAAAGCCAAAGCUGUACAUGGCUUAUAAUUGAAAUUACUGUUGCAGAUAGUUUACGUGUGUUGAAAUUUCUGUUUAUCCAGUCAGGAAGAAGAAAGAUUUUUGGAUCUCAUCUAUGAAGAUAUGACUGGAAAUGUUGUGAGGAAUGUUUGCACAAUGACCGGCACCCUUGAGACAUUUAGUUAUUUAGUUGUAUUUCUCUGCUUUUAUAACCAUACAGUUAGUGUUUAAGAUAUUUUACUAUGAGUAAUAAAGCAAAGUUGAUUUUUUGUUUUUAUUCAUUUUGUUGCAGCUAUGUAUUCUUUAUUUGUUCUUAGAUAUUUAGGUUGUAAUUAAUGUAUUUUCUGUUUCGGUGUAGAUGUUCUCUGAAUCAGGCUUCACAAGUGAGCCAUUGCCAGUCAGUAUAAAGUGCAGUGCCAUUUGUAUAAUUCAUCAGCAGUGUUACAUGAAUGCUUAAGUAUACAUUCAGUUUGUUAGAUUCAUAAGAUGACUUCAGUUUGUUUUCCUAGUUAGAAUCCUGAUGCAAAGAACUAUGAAAUGCUAUUUUUUACCAUGUUUGUGAAGUUUUGUGCUGUUAUUUUUGGGCUGCUAAGUUGAUCCCAUAGAUAUGACUAGUGCUGCAAGAAAACAAUGUGAGGCACUUAAAAGUUACGUUUGACCGAAGAACACACUGGAGAAAAAUAAACUCAAAUAUUUCA